AACACAACGACCUCACAAAAUAACUAACUUUCUGCGCCAGGCGCGUUACCACGCCCGUUACUACGCCGCUGAAUCUGACGUCUUUCAGAUUAUCUUCAAUUGAAGCGGCUCGUCGAAAUACACUCGUUCUACCCCAUUUCCUACCGUCAUCCCGUUGGGCCGUUGGGAAUUUCUCAGCAAACGUCCCCUGCCACUCAUUUCCGAUCGUUCAAGCAUCUCACGACUUCACCUUUUUGAUAGCAUUUAACCUUUGUCCCUCCAACACCUAUCCUUCUAAUCGCCCCCUCCGCCACGAUCCAAGAUGAAUCGCAAUAGCCCCUCGCCAAUGCCCGAUUUAGAGCGCAAUAGACUACCUACGCUCUUUGAGGUACUCAGCAGGAGGACUUUACCCCCCGUCGACUUGUUUUCCUUCUACAUUUACAUGCGGGAUCAACAGAGAUCGGUGGACUAUCUGGAUUUCUGGUAUGGAGCGCCAAUGAGCGAUGGCCUGUGAUAAGAUACUAACUAUCAACAGGCUUGAUGUCGCUCAGCACAUGUCACUAUGCCGACACUAUGUUCGCGAACUCAGGAGAUCAGUGAUGAUCGGAACGCCCGAAGGGGAUAGAUCAGUGUCAAAGAGGUCGUCUGGAAUUCUUGAGGGGAUGGGAGAUAUGAAUUAUCCUGCAGCUGGACCAUCAAUGUUAAUGUCGGAUAAAGAGAAGAAUCAAGAUGCGCAAAUGUCAGCCUACCUUAGGGAACAGGCGUCAAACGGUCUCAACAAUGGCUUCCAAAACGGGCACUCCCCAUCAACAAGUCUUGGGUCAGAUGCCAGAGGCAAUACGUCAAAUGACAGAAGAAGGCCCAGCGUCAUGAGCAGCCCAAUGGAUUUAACUUCAGACUCCAACUCUCCAGCACAUACCGUUGCACGUGCCGAUAUCAGGGCAUCAGCAGAAAAGAUCCUCUACACCUUCUUAUUACCUGGAGCUGAGCGCGAAAUCAUACUCCCACACUCCAUCACACAUGAAAUCACUAUCUCGAUUGAAGAACGUAAUCGUGACGACCCAGAGGUUUUUGAUGCAGCAAAAGACUACGUAUUCCAAGCAAUGGAACGAGAUGCAUUCCCAGGAUUUCUAAGAAUGAAGGCACUUGGUAACCUUGUGCCUCCAUCACUCAUAAUGAGGUUGAUCAUUGGCCUGCUUGCAAUGUUCGCCGGAUUUUGGGUUGCCUUUAUUUUCAUUUUCCUUGACUAUUCGCGCCUUACCAGGCUCUGGGUAUGUAUCCCUCUAUCGUUCCAUUCAAAGCCCUCUAACAGCUUUAUUUAGCUUAUCCUUCCCUUCACAAUUGGCGUGUAUGCCCUCUGUUCCCACCAAUACGCCCUUGACCCCCUCCUCGCUAUGGUCGGCUACAGCGAGUACACUCUGAUGAGCUUUUCCAAAAUCAAAGAACCCUACAUCCGAAAACUGCUCAAUAAACGAGCUGCUAUGGUUUUGAGUGUUACGAUACUAAUUGAUGCUGCUUUGGUGGUUCUGUUUGUAUUCGUACCAGGGCACCGAUUGUAAAAUGUGGGAAAUGGAAAAUUGGAUUGUGGUAACGGCCGGCCUGGAAAGUCUUUGAUUAUGGAGUUUGGGUUGGAACAUCAGGCGUCGAUAGGAGCAAGCUUGUGAACUUGUACAAACGGGGAGGAUGAAUUGGGAGUAGUUUCUGGUUGUGUGUAUAGAUGGAUAGGUGGUCCUGUUCCUAUGCCCAAGCUUGGGGGAUGGAAUGGAGGGGUGGGUCAUGGACUUUCUUUUCUCUUUAUUUUUCUUUUUAAUGGCUUCUCCUUUUGUAAUUUAGUAGCAAUACCCCUUCUGUUUACUUUCCGCGAGUAAUGAUCUCUUUUGUUUGAGGAGGGGGGUAAUUCAUAGUGGCGCGUGGAGGUAGCUGAAGGAUUUGUAGUUGUAGUGGUCUUUUGUAAAAAUGCAGAUCCUUCAGAA